UCUGUCUUUCAGGUCAGCAAAUACCUGCGGGGAGAAGUCGGUCUCCUCUUCACCAACCGCACCAAAGAAGAGGUGGACGAGUGGUUCUCCACAUUCAAAGAGGUGGACUAUGCCCGCGCAGGGAACAAGGCGACGUACACAGUGAGCCUGGACACGGGACCCCUGGAGCAGUUUCCUCACUCCAUGGAGCCUCAGCUGCGGCAGCUGGGGCUGCCCACGGCGCUGAAGAAAGGAGUGGUGACGCUGCUUUCGGAUUAUGAAGUCUGCAAAGAAGGGGAUGUUCUCACCCCCGAACAAGCCCGAGUCCUGAAACUCUUUGGCUACGAGAUGGCAGAGUUUAAAGUCACCAUUAAAUUUCUGUGGAAUUCGGAGACUGGAGACUUCCAGAAGCUUGUGGGGGAUGCAGCAGAGGAGGAGGAGGAGGAGGAUGCUGACAGCAAUGAGGACUAG